CUCACAUACAGUUGUUGUCAAGACGAGGCAAACAGGCCUGAGAUGACGCGCAAGUCUCUAUUGUGGGCAAGCGAGACUGAUCAUGUGUCUCCUCUUCCCUCUCAUCAUCUGAAUCAGCCAGUAACCCGACGCCACAGACCGCUUUCUCCUCUUCACAUCGGCACCAUCCCCCAGUCGGCCGGCCCUCUUAUCCAGUUCGUCGAGAAGCGGCCGUAGAUGGUCUGCCCAGAAGGAGUCUUCGUAUGGCUCGUCAGCAGUGCCUGAUGCAACCAACCAGUCACAGGCAGGCAGACCCUUAUUGCUCGGUGCCUCAUGUGUCGCUGCUGACAGACCAUCGGACGAAGGGGGGUAGAACCAGUAGUUGAACGCCAUGUGGCCUGGCCGGUCGGCAGACCGCUCCUCCUCACCGCCCGCAUCAUCACCGCUGAUCACCUCAUGAAACCAACUCGCCGGCAGAUACACUGCACACACACAGACAGGCAGCCAUGAUAUCAGCAGGGUGUCAGUGAGUCAAUCUGGCUGUCACUAACGCAUUUCUCCCGCCUUGGCGGUCACUUGAUGGUACUGCUGCCAAAUGGGGUCGGGAUUGUCUGUCAGGCCGGGAGCGGGGGGGAGGUGCCGGUCCACUGUGUUGCGGCGACAGAAGCUGGGCGGCUUCUCGCCCUCUGGCACCACCUGACACACACACAUCGAUGCACACAGGUGGAUGACAGAGCAGUAGCUGGAACAUGGCUGUUUUGUGUGUACCUGUGGUGGUCUGCUGCUGUCUUUGUCCUGUGUUGAUGUGGCUGGCUCGUCCUCUUCAGCCGUGAGGGUGUCAAAGUCAUCCUCUGCAUCAUCAUCUGCAGCAACCGACGCACACACGAUGUACCACGAUAUGCGUGCAGAGUGAAUGUGUUGCUUUACGUCCGUCGAGGGCCGCAUCGAGAAGCGCCUCCACCCUACAGGCAGGCAGGCAGACAGACAUCACAGCUGUGACACAUCCAAGUGUGUGUGACCAUGGUCAUCUUGGUCGCUCACUCGUCGUCUGCCUCCUGGAUGGCCGCGUCGUCACGCCGAGAAUCCUCACACCCUGAACCAAACACACAGCCAACAUCCACCAGGUUGGUGGAUGCAACUUUCUCUCCGAGGCAUCACCAUGUUGGCUGGUUGUGCGCUGCAGGUCGCUGUGUCGCUGACACGCUCGGCCGAGCUUCCACUGCUGCACAGCUGCACGGGGGGCACCUGGUGGGGUGAGUGACACACACAAAGGUCAAUGACCUGGACACACGAGACGGGUAAUUAAUGACCACUGACCAUCUUCCCUGAUGCCUUUCUGAUAGCAAAUGAGUCCGUUCGGAUGGAUCACAGACACAUUGCCUGACAGAUAGACACAGACAGACAGACAGAGAGAGAGAGUGACGGACGUUCCAAGGUCUUGUGGUGUGUUGCCCUGGCCGGCCUACCUGUGGUGUGGAGUUGGUGUGCCUUGUCGGGGCUGUAGAGGCGGAAGGCCUUCCGCCCACGCAGCAACACAUACAGAUUGUCGUGCUGCAUACACACGACUAACGAAAUGCAAACGGCAUGACGGUUCGGUGUGCAUCUGUCUCACAAAGUCAUGGUGGAGUCCACUGCUGGUGCCAGCGCGGCUCUGCCCCAUCCACACGUUGUACUGAUACGGCAAGAGGUGACUGCACACACCAGGCGAACAACAGUGUGCCGCCGCGAGAACAAUUGGUUGUUUCCGUCCUCUCCUACCCGAACAGCUUGGGCCUCAACGGCACAUCAGCGAGCAGGGCGGACACGGGAGGCCCGGUGAGCGACACUGGACCUGCACACAGCACCCAAGACCCGGUGGACACAGUCAUCAACAGAGUCCAUCAGAGUGGUGUGUGUUGACUGACCAGUGUCGGUCUCGUCUAUCGUCUGUGUGGUCAAGUAGAGAUCCUCACGACCUGCACCCGACAUCCAAGCAACACAGUCACCGGCCAAGUGUCUUCGUGGCUUUCUUCUCAAGUGGAUCACUUGCCUUUGUCGAGCUCGUCGAGGAAAGCACCAAAUGCCAUCCUCACUUUGCGGCCCUCACCUGCACGGCCACAAAAGACAAAGCGAUGACCAAACUCUACUGCCUGCCCGUCCCUCACCGAAUUGGUCAAAGUCAUUCCGCCGGUGCUCGACAUCGACAAACGAGUCACCGGCCCUCUGUCUCAGGUAGCUGUUUGUCCACCGCUGGAGACCCUUGAAUUCGCCGCUCAAUGAGUCAGUGAGCACCACUGGCAUCCGCCGCUUGACGAAGCGAUUGAAGAAAUCAUCAGCAGAGAGGGAGGCCACGGGCACACGCUCAACGGACCAAAACACAUCAGGCGAGAACCUGAAUCGACAGGCACAAAGUGCACCAACAGAGGAGCAGUGAGGUGCGUCCUCAUCCACUCACCCUUUGUAUGUGACGGCGGCGUCUUGAGAUCUUUUCCGUUCUUCUGCCUUGUUUGCGGAGAUCUGCUGACCCCGCUGCCUUCUCGGCUUCUUGCGAUGCUUCAU